GAAGGAGGCGCGGAAUCUGGGAAUGGCGCUGCUGCUGAUCGUUCUGCGAGGUGCGCAUUGGAGAGCGAGGCUCGCGGAGAGCCGGGCUUAGGAGCGCCCGCCUCAGCCGCCGGGCAGGAGCAUGCCGGACCCUCUGCUGCUGGCGCUGGGCUGGGUGGCGGCGGCAGCGGCCAUCGCCUCGACGUGGCCCGUCCAGGUGGCAGGAGAACCGGAAGUAGCAAAAGGCUGUGCAAACGAAUGCAGAGGUUAUUUACGCAAACCGAUUGAGCUGAUCAGACUGCAAAAUUAUACAAAAAGGACAUGUGGGACGAAGACUUUGGUGAUAUUUAUCAAUAAGAAGAAUCAGAAAUUAUGUGCGAGACCAGAGGAAGUCUGGGUGCAGGAGGUUAUGAGGCAGCUGGAUGCACGGAACACUCCUACAGAAGUGACACCUGGGUUUGACAAACACUGGGGAGGUACUGUCCCCAUAUCAGCUCACCCUGGGGGUCCACCUGACACCACUGUCACUUUUAGCACAGCUACUUACGCUCCCAAACCAGCAGUGACGGUGACCAGAGCGACCCUAAAUCCCGAAACCCUUGCAAGUGGCACUAUGGUUUCCCAAACCUCUGUUGGACCAAAGAGAUAUGAGGGAAGUCUCACAACUGUUGGGAAAGGCCUGGAAGAGUUCCCUGGAUCAACUCGUGAUUUGGUGGCAUCUCCAUCCAGCUCCCCCCUAAGCAAUUUUAUUAUUGCAGAUUCCACGGCAAAAGGCACUAAGCCGAUCACAGCAUCUGCCACAUCCCAAGCUUCCUCCAAACAACUGACUUCAGUUCCGAGCAGCUCCAGCAGCACAGGUACCGGACGGCAGUCAACUGUGGGGCUCCUAACUGCUGAAGCAAACAUGCACACUUCUACCAGUUCAGCAGGUACUUCGUCAACGUCAGGCUUUCCCCAGGAGAACACAGCUGGGAAAAGCAAAGCACAGCCAACCACAAGCACUCCUGAGGUCCCAUUUGCCUUCUCUCCCGGUGCUUUGGCUGGACCCCGAAGUCACGUCAUCUUCAUGGCUUCCGUGGGGGCUUUUCUAUGUCUCACCAUGGUCGUUGUUGUGUGGGCAUACGCUAGGCCCAGCAUUUGCACCAGAACACCACCUAGGGAAGUGGUCCAAGGCUUGCUCUUCACUUCCUCUGACUCUCAAUCUGAUGCCUUGGCCAUGGAUAUUCUUUAACUUGCCUGUGACUUGUGUCUAAAAAUGCUUCUUUCACUCCAGGGGUUUAACCAAGGUCAUUGAAUAAAAUAGGGGGAGCAGGUAAGCCCCAUACUGCAUAUUCAAUCACAAGAUGCAGUGCACACACAUCAGAUGAAUGGCAAUGCCCAUCGGCAAGACAGAUGGUGUGAGCUUCCCCCACAAGAGUGGGACCUGUGACAUGGGCAGCAGGAUGUAGCAAACACAUUGCCCAAGGGUAGUGAGAGAGGCCUUAUCCUGCAGGAAUAUGAACUCAGGCCACUUCAAAGUGGGAGGCAGGCCUUCUCACCAAACCCCUCUGCUAGGGGAACAGAAAACGACUGCUUCCUGAGCCAUUCAAGCCAUGUGUACGCUGAUUGGUUGGAAGCAGAGCUGGAGCAGUGCCAAGGCAACUGUAUAAGACCUGAGACCAAGGUCAAAGGCUCACCGGGGACAUAUAAUCAAGCAUCCUUGGAAAGGACUCCUCCUAAAGUUGUUUGCUUGAUCUUCCUUUAUUGGUCAAAGUAGGCAAGUGUUGAAUCUGUUGGUGUCUCCGUAGUCCACCAAGAUUCAAAUCUCACGAGGUUGCUUAGACCCUGUAGACCAGGGUAGAUCAGGGCCACAUUCUGCCAAGGGCCACAUUCCCUUCAGGGUAAUCUGAUGGGGGCCGCAUGUCAAUGGGGGCGGGCAGAGCCUCUCACCUCCCUUCUCUCUCUCCCUGCCCACUGGGUUGCAGGCAGAAGGGCAGAUUGCUCUUGUCAGAGGUCUUAACUGCUUGCUUGUGGUGGUCUUCCUCUCCAUCCUUCCAUUUUGCCUUCCUCCUCUCCCUGCUCUCUCUUUCCUUCCAGGCUCUCACCCUCCUCUAGCAUGAAAUUAGGCAGGGGGCUCCAAGUAACCUGUUGGCUACGGACUCUCCGCCUCUGCAACCUGCACCUGCUGGUGUUUGCGGCCAAGUACUUAGCACGGGCUUCCUCAGCCUCGGCCCUUCAGAUGUUUUUGGCCUACAACUCCCAUGAUCCCUAGCUAGCAGGACCAGUGGUCAGGGAUGGUGGGAAUUGUAGUCUCAAAACAUCUGGAGGGCCGAGGGUGAGGAAGCCUGACUUAGCACAUGGAAAUUACCAUUUCAAGUAUGGGAGAGAAGUGGGAAAGUAUUACGUAUGUUGAAAUUUGCACUAAACGCUCAAGACCAAAAACCAGGUCAUUUAGCCAAGCUCAAGGUGUACAGUAGUUUUGUGUCCUUAUCCAUAGAAUGGGUAUUUUCUGGGUUUGCUAUGUGGUGUUUUGUAUUUUCUUUAAGUAAAUAAAUAAAACUCUAAUCCCAUGUAGUGUGUCGUCUUUCACAAAUGCAAGGGGGAGUAAAAGAAAGAGGGUCGUCCAAGUGAACCAAAGUACCUUGUUAUGAAACCACUAACAGAUCACAGACCAUCACUUUGCUUUGUUUACACCCUGCCUUUCAAUUUUAUAAAUGCCUAAAGUGGUUUAAAAUUCAACAAGGAAUGGUACUGAAGAAACCAAAACAACUGUUUAAGCAGCAAGGGGAAAAGUCAAAGCAUUAAUAUCAGGCAGUAGCAAGAGUCUCAGAGUUUUUUUGUUUUCGUUUUUAACAAUUUUUAUUGGUUUCUAAACAAAUAGAACCAUUAAAUACUUAUCCAGCAGUACAUAUAAUGGUGUUUGUUUUAGCUAGACUGGUGACUGGGAGUGGCCGCCAAGACCAUAUAACACCGGUCCUGAAAGACCUACAUUGGCUCCCAGUACGUUUCGGAGCACAAUUCAAAGUGUUGGUGCUGACCUUUAAAACUCUAGCCUCGGCCCAGUAUACCUGAAGGAGCGUCUCCACCCCCAUCAUUC